AUAUUACAAAUGUCAAUAAUGUCAUAUACGCAGCUGAUUUUGACAAAUAAGCAAUGAUAAGAGUGACGAAUUAGCCAUAACAUAACAAUUUUAAAUAAACCGCAAACUUUUAAAGCAUAAAUACCUAACACUGAUCUUUUAUUGUGUGUAAUAAAUGUGGCAACGAUAAUACAAACAUGGAGGAAUUAAACGAUAAAUUUUAUUAUGUUUACAGUUCAGCUAUAUCAAACAGAAUUCAAAUAAAAAUAGGGACUUUAGAAGGGAAACGCCAAAAACCAGAGUAUGAUAAACUGUUAUCAGAUCCGAUUUUAAAGUAUUCGGGUUUGUGUGAAGAUGGUUGUUCGGAUCUAAUGGUAGUGUGCCAAAUUUUUGAUCAAAAUCAGCCCCUCGCUCUUCCUGUGUCAACUUCCUAUAAAGCAUUUACGUCUCGCUGGAGCUGGAAUGAGUGGCUUACAUUACCAGUUCAAUUCAAUGACCUUCCCAGAACUGCUCAAUUAGGCCUUACAAUCUAUGACUGCAUUGGACCGCAAAAGUUGUGGCCGAUAGGAGGCACAACCAUUUCGUUAUUUAGCAAACAUGGGCUGUUUAGACAGGGCAUGGUAGAUUUGAGAGUUUUUCCCAAUAGAGAAGCAGAUGGAAAUUACCCAACCACAACACCAGGUAAAGCCAAAGAUAUAGGAAAAGAACAAAUGCAGAGACUGACGAAAUUAACUAAAAAACACAGAAAUGGUCACAUGCCAAAGGUUGAUUGGUUGGAUAGGUUGACUUUUAGAGAACUAGGUUUAAUCAACAAUGAGGAAAAGAGUUGCUCAGAGUACAUGUAUCUUAUGAUUGAAUUCCCUAUAGUAAUUGUAGAUACAAUCCCUCAUUAUGUCGUGUAUUUUGAGCAAAAUGGUGAAGACAUACAUUCCUUUAGAGCUCAAACUGACAUUGUUACAGUUCCAGAUCAAGAAAUGCUAAAGGAAAAUCUAGUGGAACGAAAACACCAUAAACUCGCCCGUUCGUUGCGUAGUGGCCACUGUGAUAAAGACGCUAAGCCAAACGCCGCCAUUAGAGACAUCUUGAAUACCAUAGUUUCUUAUCCUUCCACUAAACCUCUAACAAACGAAGAACAAGAUCACGUAUGGAAGUUCAGAUUUUACCUCAGUACUCAAAAGAAAGCUCUAACAAAGUUCUUGAAAUGUGUGAACUGGACACAACAGAACGAAGUACGACAAGCGACAUCAAUGAUGCGAAUAUGGGUACCUAUGGAUGUAGAAGAUGCUCUUGAACUUCUGUCACCAAAUUUUACGCAUCCGGCCGUGAGAAAAUAUGCAAUUUCGCGAUUGCAGCAAGCUCCUGAUGACGACAUCUUGUUGUAUCUUCUCCAGUUAGUGCAGGCGCUUAAGUAUGAGAAUUUCAAGGACAUACAAGAAGCGUACGCCAGGAUAUCGCCAGGAAGGGAAACUAUCUUAAUGCACGAAGAAAAAGAAGCACAACUUGAGAAAAAAGAUAGUAAGGAGAGUAAUAGCACGAUAACGAAUGAAUCGGUGAUGCAUAGGUCGUCAAGUUACAAUCAAGCCGACCAAAUCGCUUCUUCUAAUGUAAAUAGUGUUAUUGAAGUUGACCCAGAUCAUAGGGCAGCUAGUUUACCUGAAAACAUUAUGCCUAAUGUAAAUAUUUACACCGAUUCGGCAAACACCGACACUUUGCAAGAUCACAUGAACGAGGAAGAAGAUAUUCAGGAUUUAGCCACUUUUCUCAUUCAAAGAGCGUGUAAAAAUGCCAAGUUAGCUAAUUAUUUCUACUGGUAUUUGUUAAUAGAGUGUGAGGAUCCGGAACCAACCAUGAAACAAAAUAUUGUAAUAAGAGAACUAUACCUGACAGUAAUGAAAACGUUUUCGCAAACGUUAGCCAAAGGUAACUCCGAAAUGCAGAAGAAACGACUGACUUUGUCUUUGCAGCAAAAAUUCAUUGAUAACUUGGUAAAACUAGUAAAAACGGUAAUUCGGGAAGGUGGGAAUCGAAAAAAGAAAGCUGAAAAACUUCAACAACUGCUUUCGGACCCUACCGCUUUCAAAUUCAAUUUUAGUAAUUUCGAACCGAUUCCAUUUCCUUUGGAUCCGGAAAUUACUAUUAAAGGAAUUAUUGCCCAAAAAGCGAGUUUGUUUAAAUCGGCACUGAUGCCCUCCAAGCUAUACUUUGUAACGGCCGAUAAUACUGAAUAUGUCGCCAUUUUCAAACAUGGCGACGAUCUAAGACAAGAUCAGCUUAUCUUACAAAUGAUCACUCUCAUGGAUAAGUUGCUGCGCAAAGAAAACUUAGAUCUUAAGUUAACUCCUUACAAAGUUUUAGCAACAAGCACAAAACACGGAUUUGUUCAAUUUAUUGAUUCUGUGAGUGUGGCAGAAGCGGUUGCUGCAGAAGGGAGUAUUCAUAAUUAUUUUAGGAAGUACCAUCCACAAGAAAAUGGUCCAUAUGGAAUAGCGCCUGAUAUUAUGGACAGUUAUGUACGAUCUUGUGCUGGUUACUGUGUUAUUACUUACCUUCUUGGAGUAGGCGAUCGUCAUUUGGAUAAUUUAUUGUUGACAACAUGCGGAAAGUUGUUCCAUAUUGACUUUGGAUACAUUUUGGGUAGAGACCCAAAGCCUUUACCCCCUCCUAUGAAACUAAGUAAAGAGAUGGUGGAAGCGAUGGGAGGAGUCAAUUCGGAGCAUUACCAAGAGUUUAGGAAACAAUGUUAUACCGCUUUUUUGCACCUGCGCAGGCAUGCGAACUUGAUGCUAAAUCUUUUUUCACUGAUGAUCGACGCAAGUGUACCAGAUAUUGCCUUAGAACCAGACAAAGCUGUCAAAAAGGUUCAAGAAAAGUUCCGUCUGGAUUUAGGAGAAGAAGAGGCUGUGCAUUACAUUCAAAAUUUAAUUGAUUCUUCUGUAACUGCUGUUAUGCCAGCAAUUGUAGAACAAUUCCAUAAAAUUACUCAGUAUAUUAGAAAAUAAUUGAUUAAUGUUUUUGUAUAUACUGCAACAUGUUAAUUUGUUUUUUGUAUUUCUUAUGUAAUUAAAAACAAAUAAAAAUUA